AUGAAGGUGCUUUCUCUCGUCUCGGCUUUUGUUUCGGCUGGUGUGCUGGUGCAUGCAGCCGCUAUCGAUCAGCCUCCCACCGCCAACAUUAACCCUCUUGAGCGUCUGGACGAGUUGCGUCUGCAGCUUCAGCGGUACGAAACGCCCAUCAUCCAUGCCUACCUCUCUCGAGCCGCCCUCGGCGCUUCCACCGAUAUGGAAUACGGACGGGCCCGAUUCGUAUUCAAGUCGCUCACAGCUGCUCCGAAAGCGUACGAGUUCAAGCAGCCCAAUGCCAACGUCACCGAGUGGCUCGCCGAGGGUGGCAAGUCGUUCAACGAAGCUCCAUUCCCUCCUGCGGUUUGGACGAAUCUUCCGAUCGUGUUGCCUCGCGAUGCUGUACUGGAUCAACCCGUCAAGGGAAAGGGAAUCUUUCCCGUCGGUCGACGUCCCCAAGACGCUUCGAAUCUGGACGGAUUUUUGUUCGCCAACUUUGGCAUGCUCCCCAAGGACCCCAGCCUGGAUGCAGAAGCUACCGUGUUGCUCAAGACCGCCUUGCUCCGACUCAUCAGUGCAAGAAUCGUCAUUGGCCACGAAAUCGCACUCGCCAAGUUCGAAAGUAACCCCCAGGCGUACUGCAGCAUCCUCAAAAAGACGCCGGUCAGCGAGAAAGAGCUGGUCCAGCAGAUUACGGAUGAGAAGCAGCAGGUUAACGUGCUUGGUAGGGUCCAGCAAAAGGCCAAAGAUAUGACAAAGCUCUACAGACAGGAUCAAAAGUAUCCAGAGGGCACCGAGGAUCAGGUCUUGCGUCUCUUCCAGGCGUACAUCAUCCCGCUUACCACAAACGUCGAGGUGGUCACGCUUCUCGACCAAGCCAAGAACUGCAAGUGA